AUGGCAAGACCAUUAGCAAAAAUAUGUGACAUCAAUGACAGCAAAGAACUUUGGAAAGUUUCUGUUCGUGUGCACCACAAAUGGAAAGUUGUUUCGAACAAGAGGGAGCAUUUUGAGAUGAUUUUUGUUGAUGUAUCGGGUGGUGACAUACAUGUUGUUGUUCCUGCACCGCAUGUAUCUCUAUUUUCUGAAAAAAUGGCCUUGGAUCAUAGUUACACUGUUUCCAAUUUUAAGGUUCAGGCUAAUGUUGCGGCUUUCAGACCUUCGUCUCAUAAGUUUAUGUUGAAGUUUACCGCCGGCACAACGGUUACGGAUGAUAACAAUGCGGAAAUACCGCCAAAACCGCUGGUGUUUACUAAAUUUACUGAUAUAAUAAACGGCAACUUUAACAAGGAUGUGCUAAUAGAUGUCAUUGGUAUGGUGGAAAGUAUUGGGUAUUCUCAGACCACAUCAGGUGCCCGGAAGCAGCAGAUUAACAUGAUGUUGCGGGACGACGGAUGGCAUAGUUUGUAUUAUUUCUUCAGUGAGAAUACUAUCAAUUGCACGCUUUGGGAAUCCUAUGCUGAACAAUUCAUGAAGUUCAAGCAGGAGCGCGGAGAUGAUUCUGGGCCUAUGUUUGUCAUGCUCCAAUAUGCUAAAGUCAAGGAACAGGGAAAGUUUCCACUGUCCGUGUCAAACACGUUUAAUGUCACCGUGCUUGGUCUGAAUACCGAUUUGCCGCCGAUGAAAGAAUUUAUAGAAAGAUUUCCGAAGGAUUCCAUGAUUACGUUGUCUGGGCAGGAGGGUUCCAAUUCCCAGCUUUCGGCACAGUACUCUGAAAAUCAACAGUUGACUCCUAUUCAGAAAUUGCUUUCAAAGGCCGUUAUAAUGCCUAUUGGGGAUAUCAUAAAACUUAGAACUAUUACAUUUUGUGCGACUGUUGGAGAAACUAAAAUGCCGGUGGCCUCUCCGUAUGGCUGGUAUUAUCGUGGUUGUCAUGCUUGCUCAUGUAUUGCGCGUGGUGACAGACCUCCGUUUGAGUGUGAGGCUGGACAUUUCACUGAGGACCGAGAGUGUGAGUUACUUUUGGGAUUGUCUGCUUCUCAGCUGCGUCAUUCAAUGAUUAAGGCUGGCAUUCAUGAUCCCUUGGAAUUCCCACUGGCAUUGGAUCAGAUGUUGGAUUGCAAGAUGGCUUUCAAAGUUAAGUGGCAACCACGGUGGAAGAAUGCCUCGGUCGUUAUGCUAUUGAAGAAUGACCCUUUUGUGAAAGAGCUUGCUGAUCAGUUUGACACAGAUGAAAUGAAACAACCCGGUGUUGAAGCAACGACCACUGUUCGAUCCGAACCCAAUUUUGUCGUUGAUCUUGAUGUGAGUUCGACGCACAGCACAGAUCCACUUACUCCUACUGGAAAAAGACACUUUCCAGGCGCAUCAAGCGAGUCAACCACCUCGGAUGCCACUUGUGAUGGAGAACUUUCAUCAAACAAGCUCAAGAAAAUUAUAAAACUAGAGAAGAUAGAUUAG